AUGCUUGAAGACUUACCUGGUUAUGAUUAUUACGUUCCAUCUGAAUGUUAUAUAACAGCAUUUGAAGAUUCGUAUUCGAAUAAUUCUUCAUCAUGUACACCUCAUACGAUUGAUAUUCUUUUACCGGAUGGUCUUGUUAUUAAUCUUAAACGUGAUGAAUAUAAAACAUUAGCUGAUAUUCGUCAAGUAUUACGUAAACGUCAUUCUAUAACAUGGCCAUUUCAUUUUCUUUCCAUAACACAUACAUUUAUAAAUGAUACAGGUGAUUUACUCUUAGAUGAACAACAAUCUUUAGAUACACUUGGUCUUGUUUAUCCAUUUUUACGUAUAAGUGCAAAAGGUGAAUUACCAUCACCUGUAUGUAAAUGGUUAUCAUUAAUUGAUCAAUCUGAUAUUAAAUCUCUAACACAGUUUAUUGAAGAAUUAGUUGAAUGGCGUGAUACAACUAUACCACAAGAAAUUCUUCAUGCUCCACCAUCGAUAUCUCAAACAAUUUUAUCAAAUAUUGAUACAUUUCUUGUUCAUAUUGAACGACGAGAUAAAUCUUAUUCAUGUUCACCUGAAACAACAUGUCAACAAUUAAUUGAACGUAUUGUUAAUGAUGAACAUAAAUCUAAAUUCGAUUAUUUUAAUUCAUCAACACAAGCAAUGUUAAAAUUUUCUUAUCGUAAUGAAUUUUUAUUACCAACAGAAUCUUAUCCAUUACUUCAAUAUAGUUAUAUACAAGAAUGUUUACAAAAAAAUAUUCAAAUUAAUUUACAAUUAAUUUAUAUUGAAAUACCAAAAAAAAGUAAAAAAUCUCGACAAAUAAAUAAUAUAAUUGAACCUGAUAUAUUUCCAUCAACAAUUUUACAACAAAAAUUAAUUAUUUCAAAUAAAAAUAUUGAUUUAGAUCAACAAUUAUUACCAAAUCAAUUAUCAUCAGUAUUAUUUCGAUUUACAUUUCGUCUUCCACCAUCACCACUUGCUAAACAAACAUUAUUUCAAUUUCAUUCAGGUAUUUAUUAUGCACGUCGUUGUUUAUAUUCAUUUGAUCAAGUUACUUGGAAUAAUACAUGUAUAGAAGAAAUAAAACAAACUACAACAUUACCCAUAGCUAGUUUUCUACCUGGUACAUUACUUUGUUUUGCAUUAACAAGUAAACAAUCUGAAACCUAUUUUCUUAAUAUUAAUUUAUUUCGUUCAAAUGGAUUUUUAUUAAAUGGUUCACAUGAUUAUACAUUUAAUUUAGUUAAUCCUACAUAUAAUAUUGCAAAUAAUAAACAUUUAUAUCCUGAUAGUUUUAUUGGUUCAUCCGAUAAUGAAUCCACAACUAUAAAAUAUGAAAUAAAACUUAAAUUUGAUUUUCCAUCCUAUCGAUUUUAUUCAAAUGAAGAAAUAACAGAAAAAUUAAUUCAUAUUAAUAUGCCAACACCAACUGUAGUGACAACAGCUAAACAACAGCAACAUCAAGAAUCAUCAAGUGACGAUGUUGGGAAUGGAGAAGCAUUAAAUUAUUUAUUAGGUAUUCUCAAUGAUGAAACACAAUAUUUAGUACGAGAACCUACUUGGCUUUCUGAUUGUUCAUUAGCACCUAUCGAUGCUCUUCCUUGUGUUCUUCAUUCUAUUAUUGCUGAUAUUCAUCGUUCUAUACUUGCUAAAAAUAAUAAUACUUCAACAAUUUAUAACAAACUCUUUUCAAUGUAUAAAUUAAUUGAUUCAUGGCCACCUAUGUCAUUUGAAAUGUGUUUUUUUCUUCUCGAUUGUACAUUACCAGAUGCACAUAUUCGUUCCUAUGCAGUUUCACAAUUAGCACGUUUACCUAAUCAUUUAUUUCUUUUCUAUUUACCACAAAUAAUUCAAGCUGCACUUCAAUUUGAACAUUAUAUUGAUACACCAUUAAUACGUCUAGUUCUUAAACGUGCUCUAUGUCAUCGUGGUAUUGGUCAAAGAUUAUUUUGGACAUUAUACAAAAGUUCGACACGUAAUGGUCGUGUAAUGUAUGAAAUUUAUAAAACAUAUUGUGGUUUAACUAUAUACAAUGAUUUACAAACUCAAGUUACAUUAACAUUAAAAUUAAAUACAAUUAAUCAACGUAUAAGACAAACCAAUGUUAAAGAUGCAUCAGGUAUGAGACAAGCUUUAUUGGAACGUUUAAAUGAAUCAGAAAAAAAUUCUUGGCGUUGUGUAUCACCAUUAGAUACAGGUUGUUAUCUUGGUUCAUUAAUAGUUGAUGAAUGUCAAGUAUAUGAUUCAUUUAUGCGACCAUUUAAACUUGUUUGGGAAAAUGCAUUGAAUCCAAAACAAGAACGUUUUGAAUUAAUUUAUAAAAUUGGUGAUGAUUUAAGACAAGAUGUAUUAACAUUACAAGUAUUUCGUUUAUUUGAUUCAAUUUGGAAAAAAAAUAGUAUUAAGAAUUUAAAUGAAGAUUUAUCACAACUUUUAAAUCUUCAUAUGACAUUUUAUGAUGUUAUGUGUACAAGUGAAACAACAGGAUUUAUUCGUAUUGUACCACAAGCAUAUACAAUUUUAAAUAUUUAUCAUAAAUUUAAUACAACAACAACGAUAAAACGUAAUGUUGUUUAUGAUUGGUUAGUUACACAAAAUAAUACUUCACAAAAAAUUCCAUUAGGAAAAACAGUACGUCGAGGUCCUCGUGAUAUACCCGGUGAUUCAACAGAAGUAUCUGUACCGAAUAAUGUUCUUAUGAAAUUUCGAAAAUCAUGUGCAGCUUAUUGUACUGCUGGUUUUAUUAUUGGAUUGGGUGAUCGUCAUCCAUCAAAUAUUAUGUUAACACCUGAUGGUCGUUUAUUUCAUGUUGAUUUUGGUCAUAUAUUAGGUGAUUAUGUUAAAUUUGGAAAUAUAUUUCCACGUGAAACAACAAGUAUUGUACUUGUUGAACCAUUUCUUUAUGUAAUAAAUAAUCGUCGACAAAAUAAUGAUACGAAUGAUUAUCGAGAAUUUAUUCAAAUGUGUUUACAAACAUUUCGUCUUUUACGUGAACAUGCAACAUCAUUAUUUGGUUUACUCUAUUUAAUUAUUUAUGCACGUUUACCAUUAUUGAAUAAUAUUUCAAAUUUAAAUUAUUUACGACAAUCAUUAUUUUUAAUCGGAGAAAAACCAUGUGAAACAAAACAUGCUAUCAAAGCAUAUAAAAGAAAAAUUGAAUCAGCAGAAAAUGAUACGAGACGUUUUUUAGAUUGGAUUGCACAUGCUUUUGUUCAUAAACCACAACGUUAA